GCUGGUCGCCGGCGUUACCAUGAAGAGGUGGCGACGGCAGCAAAUGCCAAUAAGAGCGGCGGUAGUAUUCAGUUUUGAUGAGCGAAUGAUACCACACUGUUGUUGGGCGUUUUCAACGGACCGUUAGCAUUCCUUGUGUACGUGACCUUACGCACCUUUCAUUGGGACAAACUCAUCCCUCGUCACCAGCUAUGACUUGAAUUCCCAUAGCCUUUCGCAUCUACCAUACCUUUUCCUGCUCCGGUGUUGAGGCCAUCGCCGUCGGUGUACGUGUUGAGAACCUUGGCGUGAGCGCAACGUUUUCUGAUUGAGUGGUACGCUCGAGCACAUAUUGAAACUCGCCUUUGAAGUUCAGCCACUAAAAACAUCUGUUCUCGACAACGCCUCCGGUCACUAAUGAGAUAUCCGAGAUGAAGCUGUUGACCCUCAACUUCCUCACUUGUGCACGCAAGACGUGCAAGUCACUUCCGGCGGCCUUCCCUCUGCACCCCAGGGAAGCGGAGCUCGAGCAGGUGGAAACAGAUAUGAAUGCAGCGCUCAUCAAGAAUAUACUGCCAAGGCUGGAAUGGGACGCCAUGAAGACCGUGACGACCGAACUAGGUCUACCGAAUCUGCCUGCGGAAACACCAGCUCCGGAAGAUCUCGCCACCGCAGACGGCGAGCCUUCGCAAACACUUAAGGAUCUGCAUGUUUUGCUGAUGGAUACUGCGGUCGUCAGUGGUAAGCUGGUCUGCGGCAACUGCGGACACGAGUAUGCCGUUAAGGAGGGCAUCGCAAACUUCCUUUUACCAAGCCACAUGGUGUGAGCCGACGAGCGACAACCCCCACGCACGCAUCAAAGUUCAACCUGAUCUAUGCUCUAAAUAAUGUCGAGGCAUCGGCUGCCGGGGGCGGGACGAUAGAAGGAGACUGCUGUCUUCUGUUCGGAAAUUUCGUCCCCAGCCCGAGGUGUACACGGUUAUCACACAUUUUCGACCCUCCAGGAAGUUGCACAGCCAACCGACAAGUCCUCCACAUGGAGUGGGAUGGUCACAGCUUCGAUGACG